AUGGCCAAUGUCGUCGAACAUUUACAGUCCGCCCGUCUCCCGAGAUUCGUCCUAUCAUACUUUGAUCCUGGCAAGUCACUCUCUUCGGCCGACAACGACAGCAUCCUCAGUCAGAUCAUCCGGAGCCUGAUUUGGCAAUAUUCCAAUGUUCACCCUCCCAUAGCACGCUCAAUGGUGGAGAUAAUCAACAGGACGAAGUUUGUGACCAGCCUGGAUCUCUGGAAGAACCUUGUCGUGGAAAACGAGACAAGGAAGAUGAGCAACCACACGCUUUAUAUCCUCAUUGACGAUUCCUUUCUGGCGGAAGGCAGUGAUCCCUUGCUACCUUUACUUCAUUCUGCUCAGGGUCCGGAAAAAAGCCAUAAGAUCAAAUUCUUAAUAACCUCAACUCCUAGACGGCAGCAACGCUUACUGGAGGCUGGCAUGAAGAUCAAGGCCAUAAACAUUGCUUUGCACAGCCAGGUGGACAUUGAAACAUAUGUCAAGGCCCACCUGAGCCGAAUGGAGUCUCUGGCGGAUACUUCAAACAGCAUUGUGAUGAGCUAUCGGAACCGGAUUGUUACCGAGCUAUGUGUUAAAAGUCGAGGCAAUUGGACUACCGUCAGCAAUAUACUGGAUCUCAUCCGACGGCAAAGUCGCAGCCCUGGAGCAAUUGAUGGGAUCCUGAGAGUACUAGACAAACAAGCUUCUACAUCCAGCCUCAUUCUUCGCCAACUGGAGCGAGAUUUGAGCGACGAUGAAGUUCUUGAGGUGGACACUGUCAUCACCUGGAUAACCGCCGGGCUCCGACCCCUGACGCCGGAAGAAAUCAACACAGUGGUGUUGAUUUCCAGGGGAAACCGGUGGUUUGACGAUUUCUCAUCUCGAAUGAAACGGUACCCGAUUUUUGAUACCAACCAGGUGGGAGAAGUGGGUUGGCGAUCGCCAGACAUUGAGGCCCUUCUCCCUAUCCACCAGUUCCGCAGCACAGCCCAGAAAGAUGUCGAUCCUGUGUUGGACACAGAAAUCAAUAUUAUCACUCAUUCUCUCCGCAACAUUUGCCCCGAGCCACUGUUCGAAAAAUAUGAAUUCGGGCGUUUCCUGGAGGAAAAGCGCCGUCAUGGCCCUCGCGCCCAACACCAGCCCCGAAUUUACAUUGACAAAGUUAACGGGAAUCCUCAUAUUGCGCUGGUGUGCUUACAAGCACUCAUUAAUGGAUCUGAGACAUCAUCAUUGGUAUAUUAUGCGGGGCAGUACCUCCUGCAGCAUUUGGCACGCACUGAUCUUGAUCAUGUCGAUCCAGCUUUGAAAUCGCAGGUGAAGAGACUACUCGCAGAGCUCUUCAUCAGUGAGACAGCCAUGAUGACCUUCUUCUGCAUCUCCAGGGACAUAGCCAACGAUGCAGUAUGGAGCAACGGUCACGGUAUCGGGCAGAGAAGGUGGCUAGAGGCCAUCCGGAAAGAAUGGCUAUACAGCGAUCUUGGCUGCACGGAGCUCUCUCGAUGGUUCAAGGACGGGCCUCCGGCGACUCCAGGGCUGAGUGAGAGCGCUCUCAAGAUUAUCACAGCGUUUGCCAACGGUCAGGCAAAUCGAUAUGACUUGCUCUACGAUACGGCACUGAAGUUGAUCUCACUGGACACUGUCCGCAUGGGAAACUUUAACCUGCCCGUCCGGUCGACAACUAUCUGUUUCCUAGUAGGACUUCAAGCUCGAAACUCUGGAAAGCACAUAGAAAAUGAUGAUCUUGUGGACCUCAACGAUGUCUCCUUGGAUGACUUAUUGAGGGUCGAGCGACGGAUGCUUGAGGUCUAUCAGGACACGUACUCAACGUUCAUUCCGUUCUUCAACGUCUUCAUGAGCACCCUUUUUUUCUUUUUUGGCGAAAAGGCCCAGGAUCGCAGUGAAGAAGCCAAAAGAUCAUUUGCAGAUGCGAGCAGGGAGCGUCUCCACCGAGCUCAGGAUGCUGCACCUACUGAUGACAUCCGCAUCAUGGUGAGUAUGGCUAUUGUGGAGAACAGCCCAGAGAUGUCUAUCCCUCUGAUGGAAGGUUAUGUUGAAAUGAUUGAGAAUGAGGGUGUGGAGGGUAUUGAAAAGACCAAGCUGAUGAUUUAUUGCUCGUCACUGAUGGGCUUGGCAAGGGAAUACUGGAAACAAGCCCCCGAUAAACGGGAAAAGGCAAGACAUUUCUAUCAAAGGGGGGUGAGGAUGGGGCUUUAUGGCACGAAAUCCUAUCUAUCAACUAUGGUGAUGCAGUAUAUUGAUGAUAAAGAUUGGCCUGGGAUAAUUGCCAUUUUUGACAUCGUCAACUCCAGUCACAAAACAUGGGAGCGUGGAACGAUGCCCUGGUUUAUUAGACCUCUCAUAGCACCUGGCACCCACCUUGCUAUGAUCCAGGCGGCCAUUCAGAGCGGAAACAUGGCAUCAAUCUUCAGCAUUCACGAUACACUUUUGCAGCUCGCUGAGGAGGAGCAAGAUACAGAUGCUGUUUUUGGACUAAGACGAACGUAUGGUUUGAUCCUCCACGGAAUCGGGUCCAGCCUCAACACGGAAAGAUAUUCGGAACGCGCCAUUGGAAUGCUGGAACGAGCCCUGGGCGGCCCUGUCCCGGUACAGAGAGGCUUAUAUCAAGUCUCUGGAGAGGACGUUGGUAUCGUCAUCAGUACAUUAGCCGAGCUCUACUUUCAGCAGCAUGUGAACAACAACAAGGACAGAGUCUGGAGUGACAAGCUGGAGAGACUGGUAGAAGAUCAUGAUACAACCAAAAACCCGCCCGCUGCGAGAUGCCUGGCAGCAUAUUACAUGAGACAUCGACAAAUAUCCAAGGCCAGGGAAGCAGUGCAGGAGCUUGUUCGGAUGGGCUUGGAAAUGCUUUCGGAUCACGACCCUUCAAAUGACCGCCUAGCGUUCCAGCUUCUUUUCACAGCCAUGAGCCCUCUGGAUGAAAGUGAGAGAGUAGCUUCAAUUGCAAAGGUCCAAUGCCUUAUUGCUAGAGAGAAGUGGACGGCCGCUGGCAGCACUACUAGCCAUAUUGCUAGUGAUGCAACCUGCAAUGAGGAAAACAACAGGGCCGAAGGGCCUAAGAUAGAGAUUGCGCCUCAACCCUCAUCUCAUGGCCAUGUGGACUACAUCUGCCACAAGUGCCAAGGGCCCGGGUGUAUUUCUUCAGGAAUGUGGAUGGCCACAAAUGGCGUAAAGGACAUUUUUUGGGAUGCUGUCUGCUACAAGAAACUGCAGCAGAUACCAUCCGCCCUGAAGUCAUGGGAGGAAUGGAGGUUUACUGAGGUCACAAAGAUGGAGAUGGAUGAGCUUCCAAACACUCUUAUCCCUGUUGGGUCACAGACUAUAUUAUUGAAGGAAUGGAAGAAGAGAUUAAGGGAGGCAUACUGCAGUGGCACAGAGGUUAUGGAUGCAUCACCUAAUACUUAG